AUGGUUUCAAACUUGCAAACAAAGACCUUAACUACUACAGAUGGACGGAAGUACACUUACGAUACCGUCCCAGCACAGGAAGACAAAGCCACCGUCCUCCUCAUCCACGGCUACCCCGCCACCUGCCAUGAUUGGAAGUACCAAGUCGAGGAUCUGUCUGCAGCAGGCUAUGGCGUCAUUGUACCCGACUGUCUAGGAUACGGAGACAGCGACAAACCAACAGAGGUCGAAGCCUAUAAACUGAAGGGAAUUAGCAAUCACAUAACAGAAAUUCUCGACAAAGAAGGGUUGAAGAAGGUCAUCGGUGUUGGUCACGAUUGGGGAGCCGGGGUCCUGUCGCGAGUAGCUGUCUGGCACCCUGAUCGACUCGAGAAGAUUGUAUUUAUGUCGACCGGAUACAACAAACCCGGGGUCUUUAUGGAUGUCGAUGCUAUCAAUGCGAAUGGCCUCAAAGCAACUGGAAAGAUGCCGUUUGGUUACUGGUACUUCUUCAACUCGCUCGAUGCACCAAGUCUAGCCGCAUCUCAUCUUGAGUCGUUCUUCAGUCUCGUGUUCCCUACCGAAAAUCACAAGUGGAUCGACAAUCUCGGUGCUUUGGGAUCAGCUCGAGCCUGGCUCAACAACAACACUACAACCCCACUACCCAGCUACAUGACUGAGGAAGACAGGGCGGCAUGGCUCGAAGCGUUCAGCAAGCCAAACGCCACAGUGGGAUCGAUGAACUACUACAAGGCUCUCCUCCGCGGUGUCAAUGCAGAGGAUGAGGCUAUUUUGACCGAUGAAGAUCGCACUCUACGAGUUCCCGUGCUCACUAUUGGUGGUGAGCAGGAUGGUAUUGCGAGACCUGAGUAUCAACAGAUCAACACAGAGCCAUUUUCUGCCGCUGGGUACACUAACAAGACAGUGAAUGCAGGUCAUUGGAUGAUGUACGAGGAUCGGGAGGGCGUGAAGAAUGCUUUGCUUGAGUUUAUCAAGGAGUAA